GACUUGUGAAGUCGAAUUGAUAUAAGUUUUCGUUUAUUUUAACUUUUGAUGAUAUACAGAAGUUUGUGUAAUUUUCAAAGUUACUAUGGAGAGCGUUUAGUUUACAUAAUUUUUUUCUACGUAAACUAAUGUACAUUAUGUAGAUUACCGGUGGAUACUAUUUCAACAGUUGGAACUCUUACCCUCUGGAGUAGAACGGUGGAAUUAACAGGAAAUUGCUCUUUUAUUUUUCUUUUUGAACAGUUGUUGCUAAAGAAUAACUUAUAAAAAUGUUCAAGAAAAAAGGAAAAAUAAAUCUAAAUUUAGAGGACAGUCCUCUUUAUAAUCGUCGAAAGAAUAUGGAAGCUUUUGAUGAGCAGCAGUGGACACCCCAAGAAAGUGUGAAAAGUUUUGAGAAACAGGCAUUAGGAAAACCCCACUUACAACAAAAUGAAAAAAUGAAGCCCUCUAGGAAAGAAAACCCAGUAUAUGACAUCCCUUACAUUCCAAGGAAUAGCUUGCCUCAUGUACCUGCAGCUCAACUGAAAGCAUUGGGUAAUGAGUCUCAUAUUUAUGAAUCGAUUAAAGAUACUGUAGAUUAUAAAAUCUCAAAGCUGUCAAGUACGACAGACAGUCCUACAUUAGAAAAACAGUUUAGAAAUCUCUGCUUACAAAAUCUUGAUUUGGAUGAAGCUCUACAACAACAGCCUCCAAGUUUUCCACCUCCUCAGAGUUUACACAUCAUGUCCCUGAAUUCGAUGACCUGCACUCGUUGCGGGGAAAGCUUCGAACCCCAGGAAAAGAUCGUCAACUCCAAUGGUCAGCUGUGGCAUACGCAGUGUUUUGUGUGUGCUCAGUGUUUUCGACCAUUUCCUGAUGACAUUUUCUAUGAAUUUGAAGGACGAAAAUACUGCGAACAUGAUUUUCAAGUUUUGUUUGCUCCAUGCUGUGGCAAAUGCAAUGAAUUCAUCAUUGGUCGAGUAAUUAAGGCUAUGAACUUCAACUGGCAUCCUCAGUGCUUUACAUGUGAACUUUGUGACAAGGAGUUAGCUGACUUAGGAUUCAUCCGUAAUGCUGGAAGAGCUCUCUGUCAUGAGUGUAAUGCUCGCGUGAAGGCAGAAUCACAAGGAAAGUACAUGUGCCACAGAUGCCACUCAACAAUUGAUGGACAACCUUUGCGUUGGCGUGGAGACACUUUCCAUCCUUAUCACUUCAACUGUGCUGCCUGUGGUAUUGAGUUGACUGCUGAUGCACGAGAGGUGAAGAGUAGGCCUGGCUAUACUGCCAAUGAUAUGAAUGAGUUGUAUUGCCUACGAUGUCAUGACAAAAUGGGUAUACCAAUUUGUGGAGCCUGCCGACGCCCCAUUGAAGAACGUGUGGUUACUGCAUUAGGCAAGCACUGGCAUGUGGAACAUUUUGUGUGUGCUAAAUGUGAAAAACCAUUCAUGGGUAAUCGUCAUUACGAACGGAAAGGUCUUGCCUACUGUGAAACUCAUUACCAUGAGUUGUUUGGAAACCUGUGCUUUGUUUGUAAUGCUGUCAUUUAUGGUGAUGUGGUGAUGGCCCUGAAUAAGGCUUGGUGUACUCAUCAUUUUGCCUGUUCUCUUUGUGACACCAAAAUGAACCAGAAAACUAAAUUCUUUGAAUUUGACCAGAAGCCGAUUUGCAAGAAAUGCUAUGAAAGGUUCCCUCAGGAGUUGAAGAAGCGUCUGAAACGGCAACACGAGGUUCAGGCUCGUGGUGGAAGGCCAAUACAGAACUAAUUUACAUGAGGAGGCAAAACCCUACUGGAAAUUUGAAUGGAAAAAGUUUGUUAUAGCUUAUUCACUUUACCAAGUAUGCUAUUUUCUUGCUUUAAUGGCAUUUUAUUCAUUUCCUUUUGCCAAUAAUCCUGUAAUGGAAUUCCACAAGCUACUUUUUUCAGAGAACAAAUCUGGCAAAGUUGCUGUAAUAGUAUUUUUAUGGCUAAUUUGUCCAUGAAAUCUAAUUUUAAGAUAAUUCAUUUACUGUCAAUGGCUUUAACACUGAAGGUUUCUGUGUAAUGAACAAAAUAAUCAUCACUUACCAAAGUUAAUAGUAGUUCUAACAGGACUUACAUGUAGUGUGCAUGUGAGAACUUGUGCAACUGUAAUAAUAUUCAGUAUUUAUAUUUUUUGUUGUUCAUGCUGUUGUGGGUACAAAAAGUUUUGUACUAACAAACGUUAUCAGCAGAUACAUAUACAGGUGUUCAGCUCUGUGUAAAAGAGAAAUUUUACAAUGACUACUGUAAUUAAAACAAUAGGAAAAAUGUAAAGUAAUGAAAUAACCACAUCUGGUUCUCGAUAAUUGGGUAUAUUUACAGACCUGAUAAUUAGUUUUAUUUACAAACUUAAGUUACAGUAUGUAUGAAGAAUCUCAAAUCAGAAAAACAAUUGGGACUGUUCUUUUAUGGAUGUAUGAAAUAACAUUCUUAAUGUCUAAAAUAGUUUUCCCAAAUUUUUAGACUUUUUCUUAAUGUUUAAUUUAUUACAUGGGGUGUUAAUUAUAAUUUAGCUAUUAAUCUUUUCAGAGUUAUGUGCCAAAGUAUGACUGUUACAGUAUACGUACUAUAGUUAUUUAUACCGUGUUGUUAUAAGAUAGACUGAAGAAUUUAUACGAAACCCAAGGCAAGCCAAAUCAUUGAAACGAAAGAUUUUGUGUUGAGGACACUGGUUCUUGCAGUAAAGACAGUUAAUAGAGUUACAGAUGGUGUGAUCUUAGGAAAUGUGUCAUGUUUUAAUGUUUUGAAGCUUUAAUUAUAGAAUUUAGGACUUGCUAAGUUAUUAGUUCCAAAAGUCAAGUCAGUCAUUAAUCAUUGAUUUAUGCUAAUGUUCUAAGAUCAGUAGUGUUCCAUUGGCAAAUUUAUUUCAAAUAUUAAUACUCUCGAGGCAAUUAUUUAUACAAAUUUUACCACUUUAAUCUAAGGUAGUGGUAAUAAUGUUUAGUACCUCAUUGCCAGAGUUGCAUGUAAGACAUGUCUGUAAUGGAGGGGAUUUUAAUGACUUGACAAGCACAAAAAUUCCAGAAGAGGAUUCUUGAUAUAUUUACAUAGAUAUGUAUCUUUGAAUGGCAUGCUUAAUGUAGGUAACUUAUCAUAUUUCACCUUUAAUGCAACAAGAAGGUUUUUCAUAUCACUGCCAUGACUGCACACUUGAGAUGGAAUUAAAACCAAGGAGCAGAGCCAAUGGGCUGUACUGUGUUGUCUUAAAAAAACUAUCUGCAUGACCUUACAAGCUGGAAGAUGUAUCGUGCAUUUGUUCUGUUAUAAUGCAACAACUAUAUGUCUAAAAGCACAAAUGUAGCCAUUUGUUAGGUAUGAAGCAUGAUCCUCAACCUUGUUUCAUAUUCACAAAUAUUAUACCCUCUAUCCAGGAAAUUCUUAUACCACACCAAAUGGAAUGGUUUUACCUUGAGGGCUUAGUGUAAGUUCAAACAUGUACUGUAAAGUUUUUACAUGAGCUGGGAUAAAGCUAAAGGUAACAAUAUUAUGCUGUAAAUGAACAGGACAUGAGAGACAAACUUGCCUGCGUAAGGGUCCCAUCAACUAAUGACUUAAUGGGGUCUGGUUCCCUCUCUCCCAUAUAAUAUAUACUGUCCUUAUGGAAACUAGUGCUUCUUUUAUUGUAGUUUGGUCAUUUGGAAUAUUCUCCGAUUUUUCAGGCUCUUAGACUCUUUGACUCUGAAAGAUUGGUGCUGCAUAGCUCAAUAGUCAUUUUAAUGUUUCUGUGGAUAUAUUUAUAUAUAUAAAAGAUUUAUUAGCAUACCAUUUUCUAACUUAAAUAGUGAUGACAGUUUCCAUAAAUAAUGGAUAUAUUUAGUUAAAAAAAAUUUCAAAGGUGAUUAAUGCUUGUAUUGUUGAGUUUAUAGGGGUCCAAUUCUAUGAAUAAAUCCAGUGAAAAUCCAAGUUUGCUUUUGGUAGAAGUUAUCAAGGGAUGUGCUAGGUAGAAUCUCACUUUUCACUGAAUUCUGAUCUUGGAGCUCACUGAAACUUGCUUUUUGUAUGUGGACUGUUAUGUGUUAGUGAAGAGUUCAUUGUUUGUUCUUGGCUUUCUUUGCCUGACUGAUUCUUUAAAAUUAUUGUGUUAUGGUAUUGCAAAGCACCCAAGUCUUUAGGGCUCAGAGGUCUGGUUAAAAUAAUCUUUUAUCCUAUCCUAUCAUGUAGGUUGAAUGUAUCUAGGUGCAUUGGUGCCACUGUCACUUUUAACUUGUGUAAAAUUAAAUCUGAUGAUUCAGUCUCAUGUAACAUUAAAUAUCAGACUGAAAAUUUGUUUUGAGGUAUAAUAAUAAAUGUUCCUUAACAUGGCUUUAUGAUAAAGGUUUUAUACUAAAAUACAGUAUGCAGGUUAUAGAGUUUGCAAGUUGGAUACAGGGUACAUUUUUAUUUUAAAACUGUUAAUGGCAAUUUGGCAAUAAAGUGUGAAGUGAAGAAUAAUAUUUUAAACCCAAAUGUCAGCAGUUUUAAAUGUACUAUUAAUUAUUAUUUUCUUGAUAUCAUGUACCAGCAGUGAAGUGUACCUUAGAUAAAAACACUGUGCCUUAAAAUCGCCUUUAGAAAUUGAUGGGAAUUUAGUGCAAAUUUUAUGCAAUUUCUUGUGAAUGGAAAUUUAUUUGAAAUACUUUAAAUUACAACAAUAACAUUUGUGUUCUUUGAGCUAUGGUGCUUUCUUUAUGUAUGUAUGUAAUCAAAGAAUUGUUUUAUCAUAUGAUGAAUUUAAUGUUUUGAUCAGUUUAUUUUAACUAUGUGGUUAAUAUCACUAAUUAAGUAUUGCAAUGGAAAUAAUCAAGUCAGUAACUAAUUCUUAAUCAAUAUAAUCAUAAUAGGUGCAAUAAAUUUAGAUGUAAA